AUGUUUAUCACACACUUGGGUCGCAGGUUUAGUUCGACGCUACCGCUGGGCGCUGUUGUGGGCAGCCUGGGCGCCGGCAGCCUGUGUCACUGGCUCUGGCUACAUUCGGCCGAGAGCACGGCCAGUCUGUACUCGGCCCACCUCACGGUGGGCCUCUCCGUGGGUGUGGCGUCCAUCUCUGCUUCCGCUUACAUGGUCGAGAUGGCCGCGCCCGGUAAUCGAGGAAUCCUGGCGCUGAACAGGAUUGGCAUCAGCAGCGUCCACGUUGAUCGCGAGGCACGCCACAUCGAGGAGGCGUUCACGUGUCUUCCGCCAACAGCAGUUAACGUGCUCCUGGUGCACCACCUGAUGUUCGUCCAACAGUUCUCGGGGAUCGCCGGGGCGCCGCCGUACAUCGCUGGCUUGGCACAAGCUGUGGGAGUGGCCCUCUCACAGCCUGCGUUCACUAUUUUGCUGUCAUCAUUGCAGGGUGGUGAAGGUGGCCUGAAUGCUGUGGUGUGCGACUUGAAUCCUUGGCUGAGUCACUUCGUAAAUUCUUGCACGCUCGUGAUGACCGUCUUUUGUGCGGCUGUCAUGGACGUCCUGGGUCGACGCAAACUUGUUCUUUUGUCUGCGGCGGCGUGCGUUUGCUCGCUGUUUGCUGUGGGCGCCGUCAGCUCGUGGGGCCGCGAGAAAGAACAGUGCCCAGUGGCCCUGGGCAUCGAGCUGGCCUUUCUGGUAGUGUAUGCCAUCGGCUACUCCAUCGGUCUCGGGCCGGUCACGUGGCUUCUGGCCGCUGAAAUGAGACCUGCGGUCCUCUGGUGGAACAUCGCCGACACCGGAGAGCCUGGCGUGAAGCGCAGCAUCCUCCCAACCAUCUAG